UGAGGAGGCGCCUGAGCGCGGCAGCAUCUUCCCUUGGCUCGCCGGGGCGGGGGGAGGAGCCGCCGCCGCCGCCGCCGCCUCGGAGAAGGAAGGGGGACACAAGCACAAGUCCAUAUGGAGGAUGAACCUCCUCCUCAAGGAGUCAGUGCCAAGGCCUUGGAGGCAACACUCUUGUCAGCCCUGAAGAUGCUGGAUGUUGGGAAAUGGCCGAUUUUUUCUCUCUGUUCCCCAGAACACAUCAAGUUAAUUCGUCAAGCCUGUGUAUUUGGCAGUGCUGGUAAUGAAGUGUUGUAUGCCACUGAAAAUGAUGAGGUUUUUGUGCUUGGCAUGAACUGCAGUGGCUGUUUGGGAACAGGAGACAUGCAGAGCACUAUAAUACCAAGGAGGUUAGAUUCCCUGUGUGGCAAAAAGAUAGCCUGCCUGAGUUAUGGAAGUGGCCCUCAUGUUGUUCUUGCUACAGAAGAAGGAGAAGUGUAUACAUGGGGUCAUAACGCUUACAGUCAGCUGGGCAAUGGUACAACAAAUCAUGGCUCCAUUCCCUGUCAAGUCUCUACUAACUUGGUGAACAAGAAAGUCAUUGAGGUUGCCUGUGGCUCUCACCACUCCAUGGUGUUAACCUCUGAUGGAGAGGUGUACACAUGGGGUUAUAAUAACUCGGGCCAGGUUGGAUCUGGUUCAACAGCAAAUCAAACAAUUCCUCGAAGAGUUACUGGCUGCCUACAAAAUAAAAUAGUUGUUAAUAUAGCUUGUGGGCAGAUGUGCUCUAUGGCUGUGGUGGAAAAUGGAGAGGUCUAUGUCUGGGGGUACAAUGGAAAUGGCCAGCUGGGGCUGGGCAGCAGUGGCAACCAGCCCACGCCGUGCCGGAUCGCAGCCCUGCAGGGCAUUCGUGUGCAGCGGGUUGCCUGUGGCUAUGCACAUACAUUAGUGCUAACAGAUGAAGGUCAGAUAUAUGCCUGGGGAGCCAAUUCAUAUGGCCAGUUAGGUACUGGGAAUAAAAGUAACCAGUCUUACCCUACAACAGUUGUUGUGGAUAAGGACAGGGUGGUGGAGAUCGCCGCCUGCCACUCGGCGCACACGUCGGCGGCCAAGACGCAGAGCGGCCAGGUGUACAUGUGGGGGCAGUGCCGGGGCCAGUCCGUCGCCAUCCCGCACCUCACCCACUUCACCUGCACCGACGACGUGUUCGCCUGCUUCGCCACGCCCGCCGUCAUGUGGCGCCUGCUCUCCGUAGAGCCUGAUGACCAUCUAACAGUUGCCCAGUCACUAAAGAAGGAAUUUGACAACCCUGAAACUGCAGACCUGAAGUUCCUAGUGGAUGGAAAAUACAUUCAUGUUCAUAAAGUUCUUCUUAAAAUUAGGUGUGAACAUUUCCGCUCCGUACUCAAUAAUGAUGAUGAAAUUAUAGAAAUGAGUGCAUUUUCUUACCCUGUUUACCGAGCCUUCCUGGAAUAUCUGUAUACAGACAACAUUAGGCUCCCUCCUGAAGAUGCAAUAGGGCUGCUAGAUUUGGCAACACUGUAUAGAGAAAACAGACUGAAAAAGCUUUGCCAGCAAACGAUCAAACAAAGCAUUUGUGAAGAGAAUGCCAUUGCUCUCCUGUCUGCUGCUGUCAAGUACGAAGCUCAGGACUUGGAAGAAUUUUGCUUCAGAUUUUGCAUAAACCAUUUGACUGUUGUUACACAAACUCAAGGCUUUGCAGACAUGGACCAUGACCUCCUGAAAAACUUCAUUAGCAAAGCCAGCAGAGUGGGAGCAUUCCGAAAUUGAGGUCUGACUACUACAGAGCUGAAGAGCACAUCCUCUUCCCUUUGGAGAACUCCCCCGUGGUCAGAAUGUGCAAUGGUUUGGAAGGAAAGUCUUGGUGUCCAUCAGCUUAGGGAGUGUGUAGAAGUCCACUGACAUGUAGGCUUUGUUGUAAGGAUGGCUACAGUGUAGGUGUGUGGUGACUGUUCCUUGCCAAGAGCCAGAAUUUAACACAAAAAUCUAAUGCAGCAGCUACCCUUUCCCACCCAAAGUCAAGCAAACUAAGCUUGACAUUAUCUAGGCUGUCUAGUUAUUAAUUUUUUUUAAAGUCUGUGUUUUGAUUUUAUGGCACAGUGACCUCUUUGCGGCUAAAACUUUCAGAGUCUGUUUUUGUCUCAAAGCUCAGUUAAUAUGCCAUAAUGGGCUUCUUUUUAUAAUCCAGUGGAAAUACAAACUUGUGUUUCUGGACAUGUGGUAAAGUUCCAUAAGUUCUUUAGGAUGCAAGGCUUUGUGGUUUGUAGGAGGGUAUGUCUCAUUUGUUGUUUAUUUGGGAGUUAAUUUAUGAGGAGCUUCAACAGGAUAUUACAGUUUUGAGUUCUUGUCUCAUUGUUUAGCCAGAAUGAAAAGGAUCUCCUUUUCCAUUACACCAGGCAUUUCCCUGGCACCCCAAUGGAAGCACUCAUCAGGUUUGUCUGGGAUGUGAAUUGUCAUGCUGUGAGUUUGACUACUAAGAAAACCACCUAGUUACAAACCCAAACAAGCAUUCUUCAAGUUCUGCUUGAGGCAUAUUUAUUCCUGUUUUACUAUCUCUCCUCAGAUCAACUUCAGAAAAAUGGAGAAAAAGGUGAUUUUGAAGUGGUAACUUCAAAUUAAUUAAACUGUUAAAAGUGAAAUGACAUUAUAUUCCAAAUGGUGAUAAAGGUAACUUGUCCAAAUAGGGCAUUCCAGAUUCUCCUAUGGUCAGAGCUGUGAGGUGACCGCUCCACUUUCCUUUCAGGGCUGUUCAGGAGAGAGGAGAUGCCCUCUGGCCAUGCCUCUCUCCCAGCACUGAUCAUUGGUGGCUGAGGUAGAGUAGAUGCUUCAUUCCUAAUUGGCUGAAGUGAAUUAAGGUGAAAACCCACCCAGUGCUGCACAGAGAGAGGUUUGCCCCAUUACAGAAGAUGUGGAGCUUAUGGAGCAUUUACUUGAAGUCACUUCACUCAGUUAAAAUCUGAAAUUCUCAAGGUUAAUUCACAGUUACCUGUCACAAAAUUCAAGUGCCUUUUGCAGUAUUUUACAAAGUGGGAAGAAAAAAGCUGGGUGCCCAGGCUCAGGACACCAAAUGGACUCAAAAAUACAAUUAUGGACUCACAAAUAUAAUUAUGUAAGUAGUCAUGCAGCCUUCCUGCAGGUCCCUGCUGUGCCACAGCAUCCUUCAGUGAUGUUUUCUAAUCCUCAAAUGUGCUUUCUAAGAACUUAAUUCCCUUAAAUUACCACAUCUUUGUGUCUAAGGUGGAAAUAGCUGUUCUUUGCUAUAUUGGAGGCUCAUUUCUGUAACAAUCCUGUUCUUUGAGGAACAGUAGGAGAAAAAGGAGGAAGAGGAGUAGUGAGUAGUAACCCCUUCACCCCAGGCCCUGUGUAUAUGACUAGAAAGGUGAAGCACACAGGUAGCAGAAUUUACUUAGGAAGAGGGUGAUGAGCAAAUAUUUUAGAAAAUGCUGUGGUAAAUAUUUAAUCAUGUUUUUGACAUUUGCCUUAGACCCUCACUAGAAAUACACUGGAUUAUCUACUGCUAACAAGCACAUUCUGCCACCCCCUCAGUGAUGAGUACGACUUCCUCCAGCAGCGUUAAGUCUGUUCUUAGCAGCUGUGUCAGUAUUUUGUAUUCAAACAGAAGUGGUCAAAGCCUUUCCAAUCCAUAAUGCAGAUUCAUCACAAACACAGCUUUGCUGGGGGAGGAGAUCAGUUUUGUUAAGUUUGUGUUGAGAAGCACUUGGCACCAGCACACAGCCAGAGAUUCCUGCAGACAGUGGAACUGUGUCACCAUAGGACACACAUAGGACACAAUUUUGCUGUAGCCCAGCACUGAUCAUACCAGUGUGGGCACAAGGGAUUCCAUGAAAGCCAAGGCUGCAGAUCCCUGGCUAAGCCUGAGAUGCCAGAUUCCCCUGCCAGCACUUCCUUCAGGGUAGCAGUGCGCAGAACAAGGGUGUAGCACCACAUCCCAGCCUUGGGGCAGCAGCUGGCACCAGCCCCUGUCCCACCCACCCCCAUGGCAGCACACUGGCACACAUCCAGUCCCACUGGGAAAUGGAACCAGCUGGGAAACCCCGCCCCUGGUGCUGGCUUGGCACUGAGCACUCCAGCUCUUUCCAUAAUCCAAAGGUGUGGAUUAUGAAAGGCCUCUCCGCAUGUUUCUGUUGUUUUACUCACAAGAAUGAAAAAACUAUAAGCGUUACAUGAUGGGGGUUUUUCUGACUCAACAUCUGAUCACAAACCUUCCCUGGCUCUCUGGGGACACUGCUCCAUGGAAUGAUAGCACUAGAGAGAGACACCACUCCCUCCAUUACCUCAAGUUCAUAAUGAAGUAGUUGAACAGGGAUUGCAGCUGAAAUGGCAUGCAGCUUGGGACAAGACAUUUUUGGCUUAAUAGAACAAAGUGUCAUUUUUUCUCCAAUUUACUUCCUUCCUGCUCAUUAUUUCCAGCCAACCACACACAUUAAAGCCUACUUGCAAUUUCAGAAUAAUUGACAAAGCCUGUAAUUUUGAGAAAAAGCAUCUCUGGACUGAAUGAGGGUGAUUCUAAAGGUCCAAUGUCUCAGUGUUGGCUUUUAUUUUGUAUCAUCGGACCUGGAUGUGAUAGUGUUACAUUCAUAGAAACAUUUAUUUGUUUUUAAUUUUCAUUGCAUGUGUUCAAAGAAAAACCACCCUUACUGGCUUAGGUGGUUAAAUGUGGGUGCAUGGAUGUAAAUAUUGAAACCCAACUGUGGGACAUUUCUGAAGAAAUUAGGGAUGCUUUUUACUGUGGUGAGAUGGACUGCAGCAACCGUGUGUUUAUGUAUCUUGCAGACUAAAUACUUAAUAAAGUACUGUUGUGUUUUAGGAUACAACAGAAAAAAGGUAUUUAUUAAAAAGUGAACAUUUGGUCAAGCAGAAACUGUGUCUGGGGUUGCAAUAAAAAGCAAUGUUCUGUUUUCAAGAAAAGAGUCUGGAAAAAAAAAGAAAGUACAUGGGUAGGAUCAUUUGAAGGUUCUACUAAGUUACUGAAGCUAAAAGCCAGCACUGCCUUGUCAUCUAGUAUCCACCUGUAGAGUUCUGUUACAAUGCUUGGUAACUAUGUAAACUGCUCUUUUUGUAUGAUCUGAACAUUUUCCAUGGACUUUGCUUGUAAAACAAAGCAUUUAUUUGCCCCAGAGAGGCAGGAUUCAUUGGCCACCACCCAAUGAUGUAGAAAGUUUACAGCCUGAUUUUACAUAAAUGAUUUUUUUUGUUCUAUAUAAGCUUACCUGGUUUAAUAGACCAUUAAUAAAAAUGCCAUAAUAUUUAAAACUGUU